AAGAAACGUGAUUUAAGUGGAGAUAUAGGCUUAAGUUGGUGGUGUUUUUUUAGAAAAACAUUUGGAGACUUUUCGCUUUGUCAUUAUCUUAAGCCUUAGGGUUCAAUACGUAGUCUUGAAUGAUGGAAGUUGAAUUGGGUUUAGUUAUAGCUAUUAUUUGUAUUUUAAUUAUUCUGUUUGGAACUGUAUUUGCGUAUUUGGUAUAUUCUGGUUUAUUUGUGGAUAUUGAAGUAAAAGCGGGUAGUCCCCCUUUUGGAAGCCUUAAUGUCGCUUACAAAUAUGCCAGAGGCCCAUACAAAAACUGUGGAAAAUUAUUUACAGAAGUUUCUACGCUUGUGCCUGCUUUGAAAUGCAUUGGAAUAUACUAUGAUGAUCCAGAGGAGGUGGAGCCACUAAGCCUUCGCUAUGCUGUAGGGGCUGUAAUGAAUGAUGGCAAGAAUACCGAAGAUGAUUCUAAUUUUGCCAGGAAAAUUUUGCAGGAAAAAGGUUACCAGUUUGUCACACUUCCACCAGUGGAUCAUGCCGUUAUGACAACUUUUCCAUACAAAGGCAUAAUUUCUAUAAUGAUAGCCAUUAUAAGAGUCUACCCAAGGCUAAAGAAUUAUGUCAUGGACAAAAAACUAUGUGCUCAUCCGAUUAUGGAGAUAUAUGAUGGGCAUGAAAUACUGUUUGUGGCUCCCCUUGCACGUCAGGAAGAGUUCUAUGUGGGUGAAGCCCUUCAAGAGAGUGAAGAAGAGGCACAUUCUGACCAAGGUAUCCAGGCUGAUCUCGACCAAGAGGAUGAACAACCUCAAUUAGAAGAACCCUCUUAUGGACCAAAAACUGAUCAAAUGGCUGCUGGGGAAGGGAACACUUCAGAAAAUGUUGGUAAUGUGAGAGUUGCACAUGGUGAGGGAGAUAGUCAGAAGGAGGCAGGCAGUGGUGCCAGUGGCUCUUCUGUUAGUACCACAUCUUCCUUUGAAGAAUUGCAUAUGGAGUCAUGAAAAAGGAAGUGGGCUAUGACUAAUUUACAGACGUACUAAGCUAUUACUACCAUUUUCUUUUUAUGAUUAGUUUAUAUAUUAUUGUAAGUUUCAGUGACGAAUUACAUAAAAUAUUACUCCUACAGGAACAUCCAAACUUCUUUUUUUUUUUGCAAGGCUAAAUAAGAUACAGAUAAGUUUUUCCAAAAAUACAUACCUCCACUAACACUAAUAGCUAUUUCUCGAUCUUCAUCUUUGCUAUUUAACAUUCUGUUCGCUUGCACCAGUCUUUAUAUACCCCACUCCACUGCCCUCAACAAAAUCUAAUUUGGAAACUUUACACCGGUCCUCACACUACCUCUAUGCAGGUACUGUAUAUAAGCACUGUAUGCAGACAAUAAAAUCACUUUUUCUCAACAAAGUG